CCGGUUAUAAACAAACCAGAUUCGUGUGUAAAAACAUUUAGCGCCGGUUAGUUUGUUGAACAUAUUAAACAUCCCAUCAAAUAUAAACUCGAGCAGGUGUUCUUAAACUGUGAGGUUUGAGCGUCAGACAUGAGCGUCACUUUGGACAUAAGACUGAAAAGAGCGAACAAAGUUUAUCUUGAAGGGGAAGCGGUGGCUGGUGUCAUCGUGUUGGUGUGUAAGGAGCCGCUGCAGCACCAUGGCAUCUCUCUGAGCAUGGAGGGAGUGGUGAACCUGCAGCUCAGCUCCAAGAGUGUCGGCGUCUUCGAGGCUUUCUACAAUUCUGUCAAGCCCAUCCAGCUGAUCAGCAGUAACAUCGAGGUGGCCAAGGCAGGAAAGAUCCCAGGCGGCAAGACUGAGAUCCCCUUUGAGUUUCCUCUGCUCACAAAAGGCAACAAAGUUCUAUACGAGACCUACCACGGUGUCUUCGUCAACAUUCAGUACACCCUCCGCUGUGACAUGAGGCGCCCCCUGCUGGCCAAAGACCUGAGCAGGAACUGUGAGUUCAUCGUACACUGUCAGCCACUGAAAGCUAAAAUGGGCCCCAACCCAGUUAACUUCACCAUCACUCCCGACACCUUAGAGAACAUCAGAGAGAGGAGUUCACUGCCAAAGUUCCUGAUCAGAGGCCAUCUAGACGCCACCAGCUGUGUGAUCAGCCAGCCGCUGACUGGAGAGGUGGUGGUGGAGAACUCAGACGUCCCCAUCAAGAGUAUUGAGCUGCAACUUGUACGAGUAGAGACCUGCGGUUGUGCUGAAGGCUACGCCAGAGAUGCCACAGAGAUUCAGAACAUCCAGAUAGCUGAAGGUGACGUCUGCCACGGCCUCUCUAUUCCCAUCUACAUGGUGUUUCCCAGGCUGUUCACCUGCCCCACGCUGGAGACCACCAACUUCAAAGUCGAGUUUGAAGUGAACGUCGUCAUUGUGUUACACGACGAUCAUCUGAUCACUGAGAACUUCCCCCUGAAGCUGUGCAGAGUCUGAAACCGCCGUCAGACUCUUCUGACAAUGUUAGUGUGUGUUGCUCUGUGCUCUGUGCUCUGAGCGUGACAUCAUGAACGAACUGAUCGAUAUCAAAGAAAAGCUGACAGAAGAUUUUUUAAAUAAUCUUUACUUCUGUGUCUUUUUUUUGCACUUCAGCUUCAUGUCAACAAAAAUAAAAUCCCUUAAAAUAUUCUUUUUGUUGG